UCUCAGGUAUAGGCCUGACAGGAGGGUGCAUCUCUCCUCCUAGAACACCAUCAUGGGUAAUGUGUCCAAUGAUUCCCCGGCCGAGGACUGCAAGACUCGACAGUGGCUACCCCUGGGCGAAAGCCCAGCCAUUAGCUCUGUGAUGUUCUCUGCUGGGGUACUGGGGAACCUCAUCGCGCUGGCUCUGCUGGUGCGCCGCUGGCGCGGGGAUCCGGGACGCAGCGCCAGCCUCGGGAAUCCCAUCUCCUUGUUCCACGUGCUGGUGACCGAGCUGGUGUUCACCGACCUGCUCGGGACCUGCUUCAUCAGUCCCAUGGUGUUGGCAUCAUACGCAAGGAACCAGACCCUGGUGGCGCUGGCACACGAGAACCGCGCGUGUAAUUACUUCGCCUUUGCCAUGACCUUCUUCAGCCUGGCCACGAUGCUCAUGCUCUUCGCCAUGGCCCUGGAGCGCUACCUCUCCAUCGGGCACCCCUACUUCUACCAACGCCACGUUACGCGCCACAGGGGCCUGGCAGUGCUGCCUGCCAUCUACGCCAUUUCGCUGCUCUUUUGCUCCUUGCCACUUUUCGGCUACGUCCAGUACGCCCAGUACUGUCCCGGGACGUGGUGCUUCAUCCACCACGAGCAGACCGCGUACCUGCAGUUCUACGCCACCCUGCUCCUGCUCCUCAUCGUCGCUGUGCUCGUCUGUAACUUCAGUGUCUUUCACAAUCUUGUCCGCAUGUACCGAAGGGGCAGGAGAAGCCGCUGUGCACCCACACUGGGCAGCGGCCGGAGCGGCCCCGGGACCCGCAGGAGAGGGGCAAAGGUGUCCAUGGCAGAGGAGACGGACCACCUCAUCCUUCUGGCCAUUAUGACCAUCACCUUCGCCAUUUGCUCCUUGCCUUUCACAAUUUUUGCAUACAUGAGUAAAACCUCUUCCCGACAGGAAAAAUGGGACCUCCAAGCACUUAGAUUUUUAUCAAUUAAUUCAAUAAUUGAUCCUUGGGUCUUUGUCAUCCUUAGGCCUCCCGUGCUGAGACUGAUGCGUUCAGUUCUCUGUUGUCGGGUUUCGUUAAAAACACAAGAUACCAUACAAACUUCCUGUUCUACACAGUCAAAUUCCAGUAACAGGCUGACCUUUGUGGACAGUAAUUAAGAAGUACUUAGUUAGCCAGCAUCUGGAAGAUCAUUUUGAAAUGAUUCCUUGGAGAAAUGAAAA